AGAAAUCCACUACAACUUUCCUAGGUUAUGAGUUUGAAAAGCAGACGUCACAGUGCAAGUUUCCGAAUGAAAAGGAUAUUCGUGGAAGAUACAGUUUGGAGUGCAGCUGGUGAAACAGCUUCGUCAACGCUUGCCAGACAAUGUCCAAGUUUUACAGUCAAUAUCAUCUGGAGAACAUAUAAGGAUGGCUACGUUGAUACGUAUCAAACGUCUAUUUAACGAAGAUCCGACAGACAGUAUUGUUGUGAAAUCCAAACGUCGACGGAUUGAGGACGAAGCAGCCGAGACCUCAGGAGACAUCUUCACUCCAACAAUUCUAAAGAGAGUUGCAACAGUAAGCUCCAAGGAGGAACAUUUGGAGCCAGAAGUACUGAAGGAAUUACAGAAGGAAUUCAAGAAAGGCUGGCAGCUACGAGAGCAGUACAAGAGACUGGACAAGGUUGGGGCACAUCGAGAUGCUGCCAGGCGUGAAACCAAACAGAGAAUUAAGAACAAGCGGGAAGAAGCUCAUGCUUCUCACCGACCGACUUUAAGUCUAAAUAUCAUCACAAGAAUAAUACCUGAAGAUAAAGGAAAAGAUCAACAGCAGAAGAGAGGCAGAGAAGGAGAGAAGGAUGAAGGAGCCAACUGUGCUAUGAAAGUAAAACCUGAAGAUAAAGGAAAAGAUCAACAGCAGAAGAGAGGCAGAGAAGAAGAGAAGGAUGAAGGAGCCAACUGUGCUCCUCCUCCUCUGUCAACUGUGGAGGACAUAAAGUAUUAUGAUACUGAAUUGUCCUCCAAGAAGGUUUCUGAUGUGAUAACAUGUAAUGGGGUCCCCAUGGAGACUGAGAAGUUUGUGUAUGACAUCUACUACUGGCCACAUGACGUUGACUGGAUGAAAUAUGUGUGCGACAUACUGAUAAGUACCCACGAGUUAUCUGACGAUGACGAUAAAUAUGAAGACGACGACGAUGAGAAUGAUGAGAACAACUGGAGGAAUGAUUACCCUGAGGAGGAUGACAGCUCAGACGAAGAUAAAGAUUAUGUGAGUCAACACCUGCACAGAUCACAUUCCAGACAGUUCGACUCGGACGAGAGCUACGAUGCGGACGAGUACGAAGAGGAGAACUUUGACGAGGAAGGGAAUCUCAUCGACUGUGGCUAUAACUGUGAGACUCAGAAACUUAAGACAUACAUAUCAGCCCUCAAGUUACACAGUGAGGAUGAUUAACACAAGUUAUUAUCCUCAGUGUAGUGUUUCUUUUAGGAUUGCCAUAUUUUAUCAUCAUAAUUAUUUUACAUUGUUCAUACAU